UCUUCGCUUGCACUGCAACUGUGGUCGCCAACCCCGUGCUCCACCUAUGAAAUGCUAGUAUGUGCUUAUAAUUACAAACUUAUAUAAGCUUAGUAGUUAACAUUUGGAGUUGGUUUCGUUUUCACCGUUGACUUCCGAAGUGCGUUGACGCUGCGAAAGCAUGGAGGACACUCGGGCUCGCUGGGACCGCGCUUUCCAGGAGGCUGUAGACUACGACACUUGGGGCCAGGUCGAGGAGGCUCUUGAGGGUUACCAACGCUUGCAAGUUGCUGCCGCAGCGGAGUAUGUGGAAAACGUACUGCAGCUACCUAUGGUUCGCCGAGAUGGCAUCGGUAAACUCGCCACGGCCCUCAAGUACCGGAUAGAGGAGCUGUCCAAGGGUGCCAACCGGAGCAUUGGUCUGUCCAGCAUGAAGAACCUCCGGGGCUUCAUGAAGGAGAUCAUCAUCAGCGACGCCGCAUUUCCGCUGUCGGGGGUCCAGGCGGAGGGCACCAUCACGCCCAGCCCCUCGCCCUUCGUUGCGGGGCCUGCUGAAAUCCGGCAGGACCGGGACGACGACGCGGGAGCGGACGAUGCGGACGGCUCGUUACGGGUAGCGCCCGCCCACCAAAGGGGUGACGUCAGCCUGGUCAUCUUUAUUGAGAAGUGGGGCCUCAAGGACGCGAUGUCGUACACGGACCCCCGAGUCGUGGUGUCCGUGAGGGACGAGAAGGGCCAGGCGGUGGAGGCCGUACAGGAGACCCCGGUGGGCCGCUCCAACUUGAGCUACGUGUUCUUCGAGAACACCGUCUACAUACAGACGCCCAUCAACCAGCUGUCGGACAAGUCCGCCAUCUUUUUCGAGUUUCGCCACUUCAAGCCCAAAAAGAGCAAGAAAAGCAUCAAGGCGUAUUGCUACAUGGAGAUGGAUGAAAUCAAGAACGGCCCGGUUACACUCGAGGUGUACAAGAAGCCCGCCAUUUACAAGCGCAACAAGAAGCCCGCGCUGUUGAGCAUCAAGCCGCUGUACCUGCACCUCGACCUCACCGUACAGCAGCGGAGCUAGCUGACAAACCAACGAACAAAGUAACUAACUAACUAACAAACUAGGCAGCCACUACGAUGAUAGCAGUAUCGUGGCGUCCCUCCAUCCUCCGCCAUCAUGGGAUCUAGAGAGAGUGAGAGAGGAGAGAGGGGGUUACCUGGCUUACAUCUUGUUCCCUUGUCACUUUGCCCGCUUCCACGCAACGCCCAUUUUCGCCCAUUUGUUAGCUUUCUUGCUUUCUUGCUUGAUUGUUUGUUUGUUUACUUCUUUAUGUGGCUACGAAGCCCUCCGAGGGUUAUAUUAGUUGUGCCUGUGGGGAAUGUGAACGGGAUGUGAAUGGGAUGUGAUGGCCUCCCACGACGGGGUGCUUCAGCCGGUGCGGACCUUCCUAGCUGACUGAACUGUGGCGAGCACCCCACGGGCCGCGCCACGGCAGUGGUGACGUGGCGUGGCAUGACGUAACGUAACGUGCAUGGGGACCAGAUGUUCAGCGCUUUGUGGUGCAGCGAAGAGCUGGG